AUGUCGAGUCAAGGACAUGUACCCAGCACGACUUCUCUCACUCUGUGCCAUGUGUGUUAUAAACAUUUUAAGUUGAGGCAAGAUGGUACUCUCGUUAGAGGCUCAGAAUGUUCGAAAUCUUUGAAGCACCCACCUUUGAACAGGAAACGAAGGUCGCUCAAUGUCGUCAACGCAGACAUCUCAAAGACAAGUGAAGACUCAAGGGUUCUUGAUACUGCUGUCGAUAUGAAGAGUAAAUUCGCAAAAAUUAAUAGCAGAUUAGAUGCCUUUAGCAAAUGCUCAUUGGAAGAGUUGGUAAAAUCUGUCGAACCAAUUGUAAAGGAGCAGGGUGAAAGAGUUGGUAAACCAAAGCUUAGUGCUUUAGUCAGAUGCAAAAUAGAACAGGGAAACGUUAGAAAUGCUAUGAGGAUUUUAGCAUCGACGGAUACGAUGGCUCCGGAUUCGGCAGACACUAUCAACUCCCUAAAGAACAAGCAUCCUCCCUCUCCGUUAGACAGAAAACCAAGUCCCAAUGAAGAAUCGAUAAGUGUUACUGUUAAUCCUUAA